ACAGCCAGCCCUCACCAUGGUCUCCAUGGGGCUCCAGCUGCUGGGCUACACCGUGGCCUUCCUGGGCUACAUCGGCACGCUGACAACCAUGCUGCUGCCCAGCUGGAAGACCAGCUCCUACAUCGGCUCCAGCAUUGUGACAGCCGUGAGCUUCACCAAGGGGCUGUGGAUGGAGUGCGCCACAUACAGCACAGGCAUCACCCAGUGCGACAUCUACAGCUCCCUGCUCAACCUGCCUGCUGACAUCCAGGCAGCCCAAGCCCUGAUGGUGAGCUCCUGCACUGUCUCCUCCCUCGCAUGCCUCCUCACCGUCGUGGGCAUGAGGUGCACUGUCUUCAGCCAGGGCUCACCGGGCAAGGACCGGGUGGCGGUGGCGGGCGGCGCAGUCUUCAUCCUCGGGGGGCUGCUCUGCUUCAUCCCACUGGUGUGGAACAUCCAUGUGGUGCUGCGGGAUUUCCGCAACCCCGUCCUCCCUGACAGCAUGAAGUUUGAGCUUGGGGAGGCGCUUUACCUGGGCAUCAUCUCCUCUCUCCUCUCCCUCGUCGGCGGCUUCAUCCUCUGCACCUCCUGCCCUGCCCGGGACCCAACGACCACUUACACAAGCACCUACCAGCCCCGGCUGCUGGCGGGCAAGAGCCCCCGGCCCUCUGUCAGCCAGACGCAGAAGACCAAGAGCGAGCUCAACUCUUACAACUUGACAGGAUACGUGUAG